AUGCCGGGGCGCUCCCACGGCGUUCCGGCGGCCCUGCGCGCCGUCCUGUGCGCCCUCGCGUGCCUCUGCGCCCUGCCAUUCGCGCGCGCGCAGGCCACGACGCCGCCCGCCACGACCCCCGUUGAGACGACGGUGCCGCUCGCUACCACCCAGCCCCCCUCUGGCUUCACCGUGCCGCCCACCAACUGCGGACCGCACAACUUCUGCCCCGUGGGGUCGGUCUACGUCGGCGUGUCCGACUCGGCGUCGCGCUGCUUCGGCCUGCGGACCAUCGAGGGCCUCGAGCUGGGCUGCCUGAAGCGCAAGAUCGACAGCGAUGUAGCGUGCACCUGCUGCGAGCCCUGGUUCGGCGCGGGCUGUGCCCUGACGGGCGUCGUGCAGGUCACGUCCCCGGCGAGAGAUGCGACCCCGAGCCCGCAGCGAGUGGGCACCUGUCCUGUCAGUGAGCCUGAGGGCCGCUGCUCGGAAGUGCCGACUCUCGCGCUGGACCGGACGCUCACGAGCAUCGGCGUCAUCAACGCCCGGCUCUCGUUCGGCAGGCGCAUGGUUGCGACGGCCGCGACGAACAGCAACGCCACGCUGGAGUUCCCCGGCCUGUUCGGCAACCCCAGCAUCAUCGAGAGGGUGUCCGACUUCUUCUAUACCACCGUGGAUCCCGCGACGCGCGUCGCGGUCACGAGGCGCGCGGACACCUUCCCGGAGCUCGCGCGCGGCCCCGAGGAGUUCGACGAGUUCGGGUUCACCAUCCGCUUCCGGCAAAACACCCCGGGGGUCACCUCGCUGCUCCUCCCCCCCGGGUCCUUCCGCGAGCCGCCGGCGCCCGGGAUCCGCAACCCGGAGCUCGGGUCCGUCCGGUACUCGCACGGGUCGCUCUCGGAGGGGCUCGAGUAUGACAACCGUGGCCCGAACGUGGUGAUCACGACGGACGCGUCGGUGGUGGCGGGGGUGACGACGGAGGACACGGUGAAGCUGCAGGCGGAGGUGUCGCAGGCGUGCUUCGGGUGGGACUGGUCCAAGGUGGAGGUGGCGGGCGGGCGGGUCGCGCUGGCGUCGCCGCUGCUGCGCAACGAGCUGGACGGAGCGGCGUCGUUCUCGCUCUCCGUCACGUUCGACAGGAGGGGUGGGACGAUCUCCGUGGUGAUUCCGGCGGGGCAGUGCCGGUCGGCUUCGGGUCUGAUCUCGCAGCGGGCCGAGACGAGCGUGCGGAACUCGCCGCGGUGGUCGCGCAACGCCGCCGUCGCCGGAACCACUGCUGCCGCGACUGCGGUGGGCACCGCGGUCGCGAGCUCCAUCAUCGCGGGCUCGGUGGGGUCCUCGAUGUCCGGGGGCAUGGCGACCGGCGGCGCCGCUGGGGCGAUGGGCGCUCAGGCGGGCUCCGCGGCCGGCACGGCCAGUCCCGCAGCGAUGGCAAACACGGUGCAGGCGAGCACGGUGGCGCUGCUGGGGCACGUGCAGUUCUUCUCGCUGUUCGGUGGGAUGCAGACGCCCAUGCCGGAGGGAUUCAGGUCCUUCGCGGAGGGUCUGAGGUGGACUCAGCUCGCGCUGAAAGCCCCGUGGGCAAAGUCGGACGACGCGGGCGCCGAGGCGCUGCAGGGGACGACGCAGCCGGGGCGGCGGGGCGCGCAGGAGCAAGGCGCACUGUGGACGCAGGAGGCGGCAGAGAUCAAGGACGCUGUAGACGACCUUCUUGAGGAUCCGUGGAACCUGGUCAUCGUGACGAUGGCGUACGCGGCGCUGGUGGUCGUCGCAGUGGCCAUCAUCCGCGCCAUUGCACUGGCCAUCUACACUCGCAUCCAGGUCAAGAAGCUGAUCCGCAUGGCGCCCGAGCCCGAGCCCGAGCCCGUCGAGGAGGGAGAGGCCGCGGAGGAGGGAGAGGCCCCCCGGAAGCGCGCCCUGCUCCCCGCGCCGACGCACAUGCGGCGUGAGAAGGAGAUCGCGCAGACGCUGCUGCUGAUGGAGCAGGCCCACGCGGAGCGCGCCGCGAAGCAGCGGAAGAUCAGGGCGGAGCGCGAGCGGGCGCUGAGCCUCAGGCGGCGGACCGUGCAGGAGACGGAGGGAGACACCCCCCAGGCGGUGGUGUUCCGGAAGGCGCCGUCGUGGCUGCUGUUCCCGAAGCCGGAGAUCAUGACGUACGCGAUCACGACGGCGGGCGUCGCGUCGGCGGGCGCGCGGCUGGCCGCGGAGGGCGGCUGGGUGGAGAUUGUGGUGGGCACGGCGAUCGUGCUGGUGUGGUGCGGGGCGUUCUUCUUCGCGAUAUGGUGGUUCGUGAUGCGCAGGGGGGUGCUGGCGCGCGGGGCGGACGCGAUGGUGGGGUACCACGAGGACACGACCCCGGACGGCAUGAAGGUGUCCUACACGCGGUCGUACAUCAUCCCGGGGGAGUGGCGGGACACGACGGACGGCGCGAGGGUGCGCUUCCACGACCGGUUCGGGCUCGUGUACAACAACUCGGCGGGGCCGUCGGUUGCGGAGGUGGAGCUGGAGGUGUACUGGCACACGCGGGGGGCGGUCGACGCGCAGGCGCGCAACGCGACGGGGCGGGCGCGGAGCAAGGAGCAGGCGCGGGAGAGGCAGCGCGCGCGGGACGAGGAGGAGCCGCUCGCGGCGCGGUGGCUGUCGACGCGCCUCGCGUGGCUGUUCGGCUCGUACCCGUACGCGCUGCGGGUCAACUGGUGGAUGCUGGACCGCAUGCGCGUGGUGCUGGUGGCGGUGCUGUCGGGCCUGACGUUCAUCGACGGGUCGACGGGGGACCUGACCGACCCGGGGAAGACGCCCGGGGCGACGACGGCGGUGGCGGUGGCGCUGGGCGUGCAGGGACUGGUGGGGCUCUUCCUGUGCGUGUUCGCGCCGAUGGCGGACGUGGCCGAGUUCUCGGUCGAGAUGCUGAGCAACAUCGUCGAGGUGCUCAUCGCGGCGAUCACGGUGGCGUCGACGCAGAAGCCGUCGCUGGCGGACAGCGACGAGCUCGAGUACCUGCUCGUCGCGCUGUCCAUCGUGACCAUCGGCGCGCACAUGCUCUUCCAGGUGUACAUGAUCAUCUCCGUGCUGCUCUUCAAGCGGUUCCUCGACCAGCAGAGGGUCAAGAAGCGCAAGAAGCGGGGCGGCGGCCAGGGCUACGUGCAGAAUGUGCACAGGCAGUAUCUCAAGGACCAGGAUGAGUACCGGCCGCCCAACAUCGUGACGGGGGACAACACGCACUGGUACCAGUCCUGA